AUGGGUGUCAUUAAUCUGACGCGUGGUCGUAACGACCGUGCUGUUGUCGAGGAUCUGCGUCCUUCUCACGAGACUGAAUUGAAGAAUGAUCUCAAUGUGGAGCAGAACAUAGUAGGAAGUGACCUCGAUAAUCUCGAUCGCUCCGAGAAGGAGAUUCGGGAGCACCCUGAUCAGGUCAGUGCCAAUGCUGCCUCCGGUGUGCGCAAGGCCGAGGCUGUGGCUCUGGUCUGGGGCAAGAAGGCAGUCUUCGCGACAUAUGCUUGGAUCUGGAUCUGCUUCUUCAUGCUGGCGUUGCAUUCUUCUAUCGGUACCAACGUUCUGUACUAUGCCUACUCCAACUUCCAGAAUGCUUCUCAAGUCAGUACGGCCUCUAUCCUGGCCAGCAUCGUUGGUGGAGUCCUCAAGCUCCCGAUUGGAAAGAUCCUCACCCUAUGGGGACGUGCCGAAGGCCUGGUGAUCUUCACUGCCGUCUAUAUCCUCGGUAUUAUAAUUCUGGCUGCUUGCGAUGGGCCAAACAGCUAUGCUGCUGGCUAUGUUCUCUACUGGAUUGGUUAUGAUGCCAUCUAUAUCAUCCUAGACAUCUUCAUCGCUGAUACCUCGGGUAUGCGCAAUCGUGCAUUCGCAUUCGCAUUCGCCUCCACUCCGUUCAUUUGCACCUCAUUCACAGGCCCCUUGGCUGCGGCUCAUUUCCUGAAGACCUCCGGCUGGCGCUGGGCUUAUGGUGCAUUUGCCAUCAUCAUGCCAUUCGUCCUCUUGCCUCUAGCUUUCGUCUUCAAGUACUACGAGAACAAGGCCCGAAAGAUGGGUGUUUUGCAGCGACGGGAUAGUGGUCGCACCGCCAUGCAGUCUGUCAUUCACUAUCUGCACGAGUUCGACAUUUUCGGUGCUUUCCUCCUGAUGGCUGCUUUCAUUUUAUUCCUGCUACCAUUCAGCCUGAACACUUAUGGUCGCGCUCAGUAUGGCGAAGCUGCCUUCAUUGCUCCGCUAGUCUGUGGAUUUGUUCUAUUCUUCGUCUUUGCUGCCUGGGAGAAGUGGUUUGCUCGCACCCACUUCAUUCCUUACCAGCUCUUCCGGGAUCGCACUGUCUUCGGUGCCUGCGCCCUCUCGGCUAUUCUCUACUUCAGCUUCUACUCUUGGGACUUGUACUACUAUUACUUUGUGAUGGUCGUGUAUAACCUUGAUGUGACAACCACUGGAUAUAUGACCGCUAUCUACACCGUUGGAUCUUGCUUCUGGUCCCCCAUCUUCGGUAUCUGGAUCCGCUACGUGAAGGAAUUCAAGUACACCUGCUUAUUCUUUGGACUUCCUCUGAUGGCUCUCGGUGCUGGUCUGAUGAUCCACUUCCGCGGCUCUGAUGGGGAUAUUGGAUACGUCAUCAUGUGCCAGAUUUUCAUCGCUUUCUCUGGUGGUAUGCUGGUCAUUGGAGAACAGAUGGCCGUUAUGUGUGCCUCUGACCGUGAAGGGAUCCCCAUGAUGAUCUCCCUGGUCUCUCUUUUCGCAAGCUUGGGAGGCGCAAUUGGCUACGCCGUCUCUGCUGCCAUUUACGCCAACACUUUCCCCCAGGGUUUACGCGAUGCCCUGCCGGCCAGUUCCAAGGACCAGUGGGCGGCUAUCUAUGCUGGUGGCUACCUGGCGCAGAUGAAGUACCUCCCUGGCACUGAAACCCGUGAGGCGAUUAAUUUCGCUUAUGGCUACAGUCAGAAAUACGGCUGUAUUGCCGCCACUGCCGUCCUUGUGCUUGCUGUCCCCUGCAUCGCUAUGUGGAAGAAUUACAAGGUUGACAAGGAGCAGAACAAGGGCACUGUGCUCUAA